AUGCUGCAGGAGGUCGAGCGGGGGCGGCGGCGGCAGCAGCAGGAGCAGGAGCAGCAACAGGAGCAGCAGCAGCAGCAGCAGCAGGAGCAGGAGGACAAGCAGCAGCAGCAGCAGCAUGAGCACGAGCAGAAGCAGGAGCAGGAUCAGCAGCAGCAGGAGCAGGAAAAGCAGCAGCAACAGGAGCAGCAGCAGGAGCAGCAGCCGCCGUUGCCAGCCGCUGCCCCACCAGCACCAGCUGCAUGCUCCGGCUGCGGUGCGGUCAAGGCGGCUGGCAGCAGCGGCGUGCGGCUGCGGCUGUGCCGCGGCUGCCGGCAGCGCGUGCUGCAGCGCAAGCCAAAUGCAGCAGCUACGUUUCGUGCGAUGGACGCUGCCAUUGCAGACAUCCAAGCUGCGGCUGUGGCUGACCCCUCGAGCCCGCUGCCGGAGCCGCUGCUCGCCACCUGGCCAGGACUGAUUGAAGCCCUGGUGUCCGCCGCGCGGCGCCACCCCAGCCCGGUGGGCGCUGGUGGCCUCGUGCCGCUGGAGGCCAACGUCUCAUGCCUCCUGAACCACUUCUGCAACGCGGCGGCUGGCCGGCGCGCCGUCCUGUCUAUCGGCGGCGCGUGCGACGGCGGAGACGCCGUGGGGCUGCUGCUCGACCUUUUGGCGCGCGCGUUUGCGGGCGGCCCCCCUGGGUGCGACACGCUGAGUGGUGACAGAAUGCCUAUCCUUCAUGCCCUCAACCACCUCGCGCUGGACAGCCCGGCCGCACGCGCCCGCAUGCGCCGCGACAAGGCGGCCGUCGAGGCGGCCGUGUCGGGGCUCAGCGCGGCUGCCGCAGACCCAAGCUUGCCGGACGAGGCCGCCUUGCUGAUGGGAUUUGUGGCGGGGUGCUUCGCUCCUGAUGGGGAGGAAGGGCCCGCGGCACGCCCGGUGGUGCCGGCGGUGGGGCCGGCGGCCGCUGCUUCGGCAGGGGUCGUGGCGCAGCCACUGCAGGCCGCCGUCGACGCCCUCCCAAGCAUUGUGGCGGGCAUGGUGCAGCUGCUGGCUUCCCAGAGGGGCGAAUUCGUGACGUACGCAGUCCAUGUCCUCUUCUCCCUGGUGUCCUGCUCUGCGGUCAAGGAGCGCGUAGCAGAACUGCUGGUGCAGGCCGGCGGCCUUCAGUACCUGUGCCGCUUCCUGCUGUCCAAUACCAAUGAGGACAGGGACUGCGUUGUCGAACGGCUCCAAACACUCGCCAUCUUGCACAGCCUGGCGUCCACGUCCGUGCGACCCCAGGCGGCGCUGACCGCCACGCCAGCCCUUCUGGCCGCCAUCGGGCGCCCCGGGGUCGCGGGCACCGACUUUGGGCGCGAGGCCGUCGCAGCACUCGGUUGCCUCUGCACCCUCGGCAGUGAGAGCCGUGCGCAGCUCACGCGGCUGCUGGCGGGCUCUGCAGCGGCGCAGAGGGGCCUCUUGGAGCACCUGCGCACCGACGACCAACCUGCAAGCGGCCCGAGAGUCGCCGUCAGCUGCCAGUGCGGAGCUAACGAGCGUCACUUCCCCUUCAGGUUCAUAUCCUCCGUCCGCGCGGCAGGCCUCGUUCGCGAUUUGCUGCUGGAUCCCUCGAUUGAUGCCGAUCACGCGCGUGCCAUCUCCACCACGGUGCUGCCCGCGGCCGCGGCAGCCACGCAGCGCUUCCUCGACGCGCUGCUGGCCGCCACUGCCGACCACCCCGGCAGCAUUCCUGCCACAGCAUGGCCGCCUCAGCUUGCCGAUGCCGUAGAGGCGGCGUGCAUCCAAUUGGGCGACCCCGUCGCAGCUGCUACUUUGUUUUCCGACGCCGCGCCAGGGCUUGGGCCGGGCCUGGGACGCCUCUUGGUCACCCUCGACCCAGCACCGGAAGGAGGGUGGGCCUUCUCGCAAGACCGCGAGAGCAAAGCGCGCCGCGUGCUGGGCAACCCAGAGGCGGUCGCUGGGCAUAUCUUUGACCUGCUGCAAGAGGUUGAGCGGCGGCGGCGGCGGCAGCAGCAGGAGCAGCAGCAGCAGGAGCAGCAGCAGCAGGAGCAGCAGCAGCAGGAGCAGAAACAGCAGCAGCAGGAGCAGCAGCAGGAGCCGGAGCAGCAGCUUGAGCAGCAGCAGGAGCAGGAGCCGCAGCAUGAGCAGCAGCAGGAGCUGGAGCAGCAGCAUGAGCAGCAGCGGCGGCGGCAGCAGCAGCAGCAGCAGCAAGAGCAGCAGCGGCAGGUGCUGCAGCCGCCGUUGCCGGCCGCCACCCCACCAGAACCGGCUGCAUGCGCCAGCUGCGGUGCGGUCGAGCUGGCUGGCAGCGGCGGCGUGCGGCUGCGGCUGUGCCGCGGCUGCCGGCAGGUGCGCUACUGCGGCGAGGAGUGCAUGAGGCUGCACUGGGCCAGCCACCGCCCUGCCUGCAAGGCGGCUCAGGGAGUGGCUGCCUCGGCAAAGGGUGGUGGAUGA